AUGUCCGACGCCGAACCCCCGCAAACCCCCCGAGAGGAAGAGGAAAAGUUCCCCGGCAUGGAUGCGGACAAGCAAGUAAAAGAAGAAGAGGAGGACCACGAUGAGGCGAGCGGUUCCGAUUCCGACUCUGCCUCCGCCUCGGACCAGGCAGCAGAGGAUGCAGAAGAUACGUCUCCCCCAGCGCCGGACGCUCCACAGGAAGAUGCGGGUAGGUCACUGCCUGCCGCUGCCGCCUCGUCGACGGCAUUGGAGGUACCCCACAGCGCAGACACGCCGCGGACGUCUGAGCAAAUGUUCGACCAGCGCCUGCCCAUACGACGCCCGCGAACAGACUCCAAUUCCACCACAGCCACGGCCGCCACACGACCAUCAACACGGAGUUCGCUAGUCUUUGUCGUCACCGCGCUUGAGACAAUCGCAGCCUCCAAGGACGCGAAGAGGAACAAGAAGCUGGGGGAAAGCACCAAUGCCGCACUAUCCGCCAUCAAGAAUGAAGGCGACCCUGCCCACAUUAGUCCCGAGGUAUUAUUCGAGCCACUUCAACUUGCCUCGGAAGCCCCCAAUGUCCCUCUCUGCAUUACCGCCCUCGACUGCAUCGGCAAGCUCAUCAGCUAUUCCUACUUCUCCGUCCCGUCUGAACAGCGAGCCGACAAUAGCGAGGCACCCCCACUGAUUGAGCGCGCCAUAGACACAAUAUGCGACUGCUUCCAAGGCGAAGCGACAGCCCCCGAGAUUCAACUACAAAUUGUCAAGUCGUUGCUGGCAGCCAUCCUCAACGACAAGAUCGUCGUCCACGGAGCCGGACUGCUCAAGGCUGUGCGACUCACAUACAACAUCUUCCUCCUUUCCAAGUCGAGCGCGAACCAACAGGUAGCCCAGGGCGCCCUGACCCAAAUGGUCGGCACUGUAUUUGAAAGAGUCAAAUCCAGACUUACUGUCAAGGAGAGUCGCAUGGAACUGUCGCGGUCAUCGAUGAAUGGAAAGAGUCAGUCGGAAGAAAGCGUACGGCAGGAUGGAGGCAGUUCCAUGGGAAUUGAGGGUUCCGAAGCCAACGGAGAGGAGGCCGAGGACGAACACGAUACCGAGACGGCUGAGCCCAGCGACAAGGCCGUCGAUCAGCACACGGGUCCCAAGAUUACCCUUCAAAGCUUCGAAAACAACAUGAGCUUCAACGACGAUCGGAUACAUGACAAUGCGCCGACCCUGGUGACUCGCAUCAAAGGCCAGGCGGGGUCAAGACAAGUGUCUGGACAAGAGAGCUCGCCACACGUAAACACCGAGGAAGAGGAAGAGGACGAGAUAUUCGUCAAGGAUGCGUACCUCGUAUUCAGGGCCAUGUGCCGGUUGAGCACAAAGGGUUUGACCGUGGACCAUGCUCACGACGUGCGGUCGCAAGGCAUGCGCUCCAAACUUCUGUCACUGCAUAUGAUCCACACCAUUCUAUUCAAUAACAUUGCUGUUUUUGUAUCGCCCUUUGCCACCAUCCGCAGUGGUAGCGACGAGCCCACGAGUUUCAUACAAGCCGUCAAGCAAUACCUCUGCUUGAGCCUCAGUCGCAACGGAGCUAGCUCCGUGAAGCAAGUCUUCGAGGUAGCCUGUGAGAUAUUUUGGCAGAUGCUAAAGUACCUGCGCAUCUCACUCAAAAAGGAGGUAGAGGUCUUCCUCAAGGAGAUUUACCUCGCAACUUUAGACAAGCGGAAUGCGCCUGCAUUUCAGAAGCAAUACAUUUUGACCAUAUUCGGCAGAUUGGCUGCAGACCCCCGAGCACUGGUAGAGAUCUAUCUCAACUAUGAUUGCGACCGCACCGCCCUUGACAACAUGUUUCAGCGAGUUGUUGAGCAUCUUUCCAAGAUAUCAAGCAACCCCGUCACCAUCACAGCCAUGCAGCAACAGGCUUACCAGGACCAGCGGGAGAAGCAGGCAAAACAAAUAGACUGGCAGACCCGAGGUACACUGCCACCCUCCCUUACGACAACCUCCAUGAACUCUGUCCACGAAUCGGAGCACAGCUACCCCCAAGAAUACGCCAUGAAGCAGGAAUCACUUGAAGCCCUGGUUCAGAUAUUACGCUCUCUCGUCGACUGGGCUCAACAAGCCCUUCCUGAGAACACAAAAGCAAACAAUGCCGACUUACGGCCGUCGCUCGAUGAUCUCAGGGUAUCGACUGACACAAGAACGUUUUCAGAAUCACCCAUGGUAGGUGUCGACUCUGGAACAGUCACACCACUCGCCGAGGAUGAUUACAGCCAGCUUGAGAAAGCAAAGCAGAGAAAGACCGCACUCACAAACGCUCUGCGGCAGUUCAACUACAAACCCAAACGUGGACUAAAGACUUUGAUCGCAGAAGGCUUCAUUCCCUCAAACAGUCCCGAAGACAUUGCGCGCUUCUUCCUUGACAAUGACCAAAUAGACAAGACAGCUCUCGGCGAGUUUCUCGGUGAGGGUGACCCUGAGAACAUUGCCAUUAUGCAUGCUUUUGUGGAUUUGAUGGACUUUACAAAGACCCGCUUUACGGACGCACUACGCCGAUUUCUUCAAAGCUUUCGACUACCCGGUGAGGCCCAGAAGAUUGAUCGCUUCAUGCUCAAGUUUGCUGAACGAUACAUCACGGGUAACCCCAACGCAUAUGCCAAUGCCGAUACGGCAUACGUUCUUUCGUACUCUGUCAUUAUGCUGAACGUUGAUCAGCAUAGCAAAAAGAUGAAGGGCCCUCGUAUGACGCCGGCGGACUUUAUCAAGAACAACCGUGGUAUCAACGACAGCGCUGAUUUGCCCGAUGAGUAUCUCCAAGCCAUAUUCGAUGAAAUCUCCCAGAACGAAAUCGUUCUAAACACGGAGCAAGAAGCCGCUGCAGACAAGGGAUUGCUCAACCAACAACCCACUGGAGGUCUGGCUGGUAUUGGGCAAGUUCUCACAGGCGGUGCGCGAGAUUUGCAGCGAGAAGCGAUUGUCCAGGCUUCGGAAGCGAUGGCUAACAAGACUGAACAACUCUACAAGCAACUUUUGCGAGCCCAGCGGAGAACAGCCACUACUAUUCCAGUCUCCAAGUUUAUCCCUGCAUCUUCCUCCAAGCACGUCGGCCCCAUGUUUGAAGUUACAUGGAUGCCAAUUCUCACUGCCCUCUCUGGCCAAGCCCAGGACCACAACAUAGAGAUUGUUCGCUUGAACAUGGAGGCGCUGAAAGCAUUGAUUGAGAUUGCACAGACGGAGGGAAACCUGCUACGAGAGUCUUGGCGCGAGGUACUCACAUGUGUUUCCCAAUUGGACCGUUUCCAGUUGAUUUCGGCUGGUAUCGACGAACGUUCCGUGCCAGAUGUACUCAAGUCGACAUCGAAUUCAGGAACCCCGCAGUCACGCAAGAACCUUACCGUGCAACCCGGCCGCCGGAGGCCCACGUCAAACGGGAGCACCAUGAGCUUCCAAUCUGAUGUUGCUGAGGAGAGUCGGUCUACCGACAUUGUCAGAGGAGUAGAUCGCAUCUUCACCAACAGCGCGAACCUCUCUGGAGAAGCUAUUGUUGACUUUGUCAAAGCCCUCGUUCAGGUCAGCUGGCAGGAAAUUCAAUCAUCUGGACAAAGUGAAUCACCCCGCACUUAUAGUUUGCAGAAGCUGGUUGAGAUCAGUGGCUACAACAUGACGCGUGUGCGUUUCGAGUGGACCAACAUCUGGCAAAUUCUCGGCGCUCACUUCAACGAAGUCGGAUGCCACACAAACACAAAUGUCGUCUACUUUGCCCUAAACUCAUUACGGCAACUUUCCAUGAAGUUUAUGGAGAUUGAGGAACUUCCAGGUUUCAAGUUCCAAAAAGACUUCCUCAAGCCAUUCGAGCACAUUAUCAACAACACCAACGUCGUCUCAGUCAAGGACAUGGUACUACGGUGUUUGAUCCAGAUGAUACAAGCGCGGGGCGAGAACAUUCGAUCUGGUUGGAAGACCAUGUUUGGUGUUUUCACCGUGGCGGCCAGGGAGCCUUAUGAGGGGAUCGUCAACCUUGCCUUUGAAAAUGUCUCACAAGUGUACAACACACGCUUUGGUGUAGUCAUUUCACAAGGUGCAUUUGCUGACCUGAUUGUCUGCUUGACGGAGUUUUCGAAGAACUUCAAGUUCCAGAAGAAGUCGCUGCAAGCAAUAGAGCUGCUCAAGUCAUCAGUACCCAAGAUGCUUCGGACGCCGGAAUGUUCAUUAUCGGCUCGCGCUGGAUAUUUGAAGGAUUCUGACAAGGGUUCUUCAAUACCAAAGCAGCCCAGCCGCCAAACGCAGGAAGAACAGUUCUGGUUCCCGGUUCUGUUCGCCUUCCACGACGUCUUGAUGACUGGCGAGGAUCUAGAGGUGCGAUCAAGGGCCCUGAGCUAUUUGUUUGAUACACUUAUCACCUACGGUGGCGACUUCCCCCGUGAGUUCUGGGACAUGCUCUGGCGACAACUGCUGUACCCCAUCUUUAUGGUUCUAAAGUCCAAGUCAGAAAUGACCAAGGUCUUGAAUCACGAGGAGCUCUCUGUCUGGCUCUCGACGACUAUGAUUCAGGCACUGCGCAACAUGAUUAAGCUCUUCACCCAUUUCUUUGAAUCGCUAGAGUACAUGCUCGACCGGUUCUUGGAUCUGCUUGCCCUCUGCAUAUGUCAAGAGAACGACACUUUGGCUCGCAUUGGUAGCAAUUGCCUACAGCAGUUAAUUCUGCAAAACGUACAAAAGUUUCAGCCUGGCCAUUGGAGUCAAAUUGUCAAGGCGUUUGUCGAGCUCUUCCAUAGGACGGAGGCGACAGCAUUAUUCUCUGCUGCCACGAGCGGCUCAUCGUCAAGUUCAGUGAAUGGCUCUGGAAGCGCAGAGCAAAGCACUCCUGUCGAGAACCCAGGCGAGCUUUCGCUAUCAACACCAGCAGAAGAGCCAAAACCUGAUAACGCACUGGGUAUCAACGGCUUAUCCAGCAACCGCCGGCCAUCCCUCGUGACGUCGGACUCUGCCAGUACUGUGGAGCAGCGAAUGCCAUCCCCAUUACCCAAACGUCAAACCCAAGACCUCGAAGACUACCGCCCCGACGACCAAACCCUCCAACAACCCCCCGUCGUCGUGACCGCCGCCCGCCGCCGCUUCUUCAACCAAAUAAUCACAAAAUGCGUCCUCCAACUCCUCAUGAUCGAAACCGUGCAAGAGCUCUUCACAAACGAAGCCGUGUACGAAAAGAUCCCGUCCGGCGAACUCCUCCGCCUCAUGGCUGUGCUCAAAAAAUCCUACCACUUCGCCAAACGCUUCAACGCAAACCGCGACUUGCGCUCCCGCCUCUUCCGCGAAGGCUUCAUGAAACAACCGCCCAAUCUGCUUAAGCAGGAAUCCGGCUCCGCGUCCGUCUACGUCAGCAUCUUGUUUCGCAUGUACCACGACACGUCCAACGAUCGCGCUGCCUCGCGCGCAGACACGGAAGCAGCGCUUAUCCCGCUCUGCGAAGACAUUAUCGCAUCGUACGUCGAGCUCGACGAGGAAACUCAACAGCGCAAUAUCGUCACGUGGCGGCCUGUUGUCGUGACCGUGUUGGACGGGUAUACGGGAUUACCGGCCGAGGACUUUGAGAAGAAUGUCGAUUUGUUCGCGCCGUUGGUUGUGGGGCUGUUGGGCACGGAGAUGGCGAGUGAUGUGCAGCGAAGUGUGCAGGCACUUGUUAGUCGGAUAUUUGAAAUCAGGCUGGGUAUGCAGAAGGUGCCGCUUAUGGCGCCGUCGGUGAGGAGUCCGAGGGGGAGUUUUGUGGGGGGAGGAAGUCCGGUUGUGGGAAGGGGGAGGGGGGUGGGUAGGUAG